CCUGACAUUUUGCCCCGACCCAAUAACCACUGUUACCUAUCACACUCACUCUCCUUAUAAAUAUAUUCACAUAGCCUAUGCUUUGCAAAAAUUCAUGUACACAAACACCCACAACACUUUGUAGCACCUUUCUCAAAGCUGAUACCAUUCUUAUUAUGGCUGCGUUUAACGGCGGCGGUGCGGCGGCAGCGGCGGCGGCAGAUUCCGGCCGGCAGCUUUCACUGAAGGACCGGGUCGCGAUCGUGACCGGCGGAGCGGGCGGCAUCGGCUCGGCCGUGUCGGCCCACCUCGCCGACCUCGGCGCCCGCGUUGUCGUCGGCUUCUUCGGCGACCCCUCCCCCGCCCGCAAGCUCGUCACCGCCAUCAACGCGGCCCACGGGGGCGACAAACGGGCAGUGGCGGUCGAGGUCGACGUGUCGAAGGCCGACCAGGUCAAGGCGCUGUUCGACGCGGCGGCCGACGCCUUCGGCCCGGAGCUCCACAUCCUGGUCACCGCCGCGGCGGUCCUCGACUACGACUUCCCGUUCAUCGCGGAGACGAGCGAGGAGAGCUUCGACCGGAUGUUCAGCACCAACGCCAAGGGCUCCUUCCUCUGCUGCCGUGAGGCGGCAAAUCGCCUGGUGCAGGGUGGGGGCGGCCGAAUCAUCACAUUCUCGUCAUCCGGUGUGGGAUCGCUGCGGCCGGGAUACGGCGCAUAUGCGGCGACAAAAGGGGCGGUGGAGGUGAUGACGAAGAUACUAGCGCGGGAGCUGCGGGGGACGGGGAUCACAGCGAACGCGGUGGCGCCGGGCCCGACGGCGACGCCGAUGUUCUACAACGGGAAGACGGAAGCGGACCAGGCCAGUUGCGUUGCGGAGAUACCACUGGGGCGGCUCGGGCAGCCGGAGGACGUUGCGCCACUGGUGGGGUUCCUCGCCAGCGAUGCUGGCGAGUGGGUCAACGCGCAGAUCAUACGCUGCAAUGGUGGCAAUAUUUGAUUGGAUUGAAUAUUAUAUUUGGAGAUUCCGCGAGCAUUGUAAAAGAUAUUUUAUUAAACAUCCUGAGUACCCUGCUGAGAAAAUUAGUGUGAAUGUAGCCCUAGUUAAUUUAUUUUCUUACAA